GGUACUUUAAGUGGUGGACAUGCCGCCCUGCACGCGGUCUAUCCCCUCUGGCAGGUCCGAGUUGGGGCCUUUUUCAUCCCGACAAGGCCAUUAAAGGGGAAUUGAGGGCGAGGGCAGGGGCCUCGCGAAGUCUGCGGUGGACGCACAACCGCAACGAUCCCCCGCGAGGCCGAAAGACCCCCUCCCCAGAAGGAAAUCCCGCACAAAAGUCAGGGGAACGGCCCACCGUUCAAUUUGACGGUAUCGCCGUAUAAAAAGGGCUGCCAUUCACGACGUCUCGCUUUUCUUAUCGUUUUACACUACAAUGAGAGGUUUGGCGCGCUAAGAAAGGAGCCGGAUAAUUAUAUUUUUUAUUGGAGACGUGUUUUAUUCAAGAUCCCUAUUCUUAUUCUUUACAAACUAUUGCUUUGAGGUUCUUUAAUUCUUCUCUUUGAUUUUUCCUUUCGAACCCGUUUGACUCGUUUUGGUUUUCUAUAUUUCUAUUGGUUAAUCAUAUUCCCUGGUAGUUCGAAUAGGUGUGACUAUCUUCUUGUGGCCUUCAGAAAGGACUAUUCGUUGAGCAUAUCCUACUCAACUUUCUAAUCCUAAUAGUUAUGUAUAGUACACUUCAUUUCCACACCACCGAUAAUUCAUAAACUGGUUUCUAUUUCACUAAUCUGAUCGUCAGGGUCUAUACCCAAAAAUCCUUUCUUCAUCACCGCCAUAUCCGCUUAGGAUUCAUAUCCCAAUGGUGCCAUGUCUUGUCUUUUCAACCCAUCGUUACUGUUUUUUUUUUUGAUGUCCACCCCACCCCUUUUUUUUUACUUUCCCAAAGUCCAAUUGGAUUAGUUUUCACGCGCCGACCCUGAUUUGUCAAACCAACUUCGCAUAGCGACGCUUGAGAGAUGGCCACGAGGGACCGGACGAAUGAAUUUGUGAAGUACCGCACGAGCCGGCCGCGUCGGCCCGAGGCCGAAGAACUGUUAGCCGAGGAGAAGCGCGUGCACGCGGUCUACACAGUCCCGCUGUGGGUGGAGAAGAUGAACCUCGUGCGGACCGUCGGGAAGCACAUCGAAGAGCAGGUCGGGGUUCUCGCCGGGCUGCACAAGGGCCAUCUUCGGGUGGAAUUCAGCUCCGCCCGCGAUGAGGCGCAGGAAGAAGCCCAGAUUGAGCAAGCCCAGGACCGCAUUGACCGGCUUUUCAAGGAAAGCGAGCGCCAGAUCCACGAGGUCGAGGCCGCCUACCUGCGCGACCUCCCCGACCACGGCACCGACGCCGAGCUUCGCAUCCUGCGAAACGUCAAGAUGAGCCUGGUGAACGAGAUCGCCGAUAUCAGCGCGGCCUACCGGGAGACCCAGCGGCAAUAUAUGAUGGAUGUAAAGAAGCAGCAGGCCGUCUCCCAGCGCUGGGCCGGCGGGGAUCGCCAGAAAUCGAUCGAGCAGCAGCUCGAGAACGACGCCUUGAUGGACCAAUAUCUCCAAAAAGGCUUGUCCCAGGCCCAAAUCGAGACGGUGAUGCUCAAUCAGCAAAUGGCCCAGGAGCGCGUGAAGGAGUUCGAGCGCAUCUACAGCUCGAUUAAAUCCAUGCAUGAGAUCUUUAAGGAUUUGGGCGUGUUGGUCAUCGAGCAGGGGACGAUCCUGGAUCGGAUUGAUUACAACAUGAACCUCACCCACACCCGCGUCCAGCGCGCGCGAACCGAGUUGGAGAAGGCCGCGGCGUACCAGAGCGCCGGGGGGUUCAAGAUUUGUGUACUUUUAAUGCUUGUUCUGAUUGCGGGGUUAACCAUCGCUCUGUUUUUCAAAGCGGUGCUUUGA